CUCAAAAGUACACCCUAUCCUAUGCUUUUUGCUUCUCACUUUCUCACUAGACUCCAUAUCCUCUAGUAAUGAAAAAUUGAAAAAUAAAAGAAUAAAAAAAUUUCCAAGUCAUUGUUAAGUUGGAAGAGUAUUAGUAGUUGGUGACAUUAUGAGCACUUUGUCACUUGGAACCCACAAGUUUUUCCUAUUUGUGAUCUUCUUCUAUUAUUUAUCAAGAUCAUAUUAUUUAAGAAUUACAAAACUAAUAACCUUUUAUGGUUGUCACAAUGUUCUUAUUAAAAGGGUCUUAGUGCUACAAUUUAUUUUUAAUUUCUUAACAGGUAACUUUUUCUCUUGUUUUGCAGUUAAGUUGAAUAACUUGCAAGAGGAGGUAGCAGCAAUUAGAAAUAAAAAGGAAGAAGCAAAGGAAGAUGUUGUAUUGGAACAGAGUUCAACUGGAUCCUCCAUACCAGAUUGUUCCCAUGCAUGUGGACCAUGUUUUCCUUGCAAGAGGGUUAUGGUUAGUUUCAAGUGCUCAAUUGCAGAGUCCUGCCCUAUAGUUUAUAGAUGCAUUUGUAAAGGGAAAUACUACCAUGUACCUUCAAAUUGAUUGUUCAUAUUAGUCACUCCCUCCAUUCUAUAGGAUCUGGUCAUUUUAGUAUAUUCAUAAUUUAAUCUAGUAUAUUCAUAAUUUAAUGUAUCUAGAUACACAAAGUUAUGAAUAUAACAAAUUUUAAA